CCCGUUCGGCUCAUUUUGUCGUUGAAAUCACCCGGUGAUCAGAGCGAACAUCCAGCACACUCGCAGUGCUGAGCAGAUGUGCGGUUGAGGAAAGAACAACAAAAUACAUACAAGUGCUAAACUGGUGAAUUUCGGUGACAUUUUCUGUUAGCGGGUGUAGUAAUACGAUCCACGUACGUAGACUUUUCAAAAACGCGAAACAACUGAGCGAGCUGAUUCAGCAACACGUGGUGCAACGCAGCAUGGCAACGUUAAAGUUUGAUGACAAAAAUGUACCCUAUCUCGACCUCGGCGAUGGCUAUCGGAUCGCACUGGAAGGUGACGAGUAUACUGAUGCGAAGGCAAAGGAAAAGGCCGCCCGAGAAUUGCGCGAAACGCCGGACGUGGUGGAGAAGUCAAUGCAAGAAUUGCGUUCCCUACUGCAAGAGGAAAAGACUCUCUACGUGCCAAUGGAUAAUGAUCCGUUCAUGAUUAAGUUUCUGCGUCCGUGCAAGUACUACGCACAAAGCGCCUUCGAACUGAUUAAACGCUACUAUCGCUUCCGAAGCAAACAUCCGGACCUGUGCGAUGAACUAUACCCUGUGUCGGUGAAGCAUGUGUACGAGGAAGGAUUGGUCCAUUUUCUCCCACUGCGUGAUCAACACGGUUCCCGCAUUUUGGUUCUCGAGUGUGGAAAGAAAUGGAAACCAUCGAAGGUGUCUCUUACCGAUCUAUUCCGCGCUGUACAGAUCGCACUAGAAGCGGGCAUGUAUGAGCCGCGAACGCAGCUCAACGGUGCCAUUGUCAUACUGGACAUGGAGGGGCUGUCACUGUCACAAAUCAUGCAGUUUACGCCCAAGUUCGCGGCGAUGGCACUCGACUGGAUCCAGCAAUGUACGGCGAUGCGCCUCAAAUCGGUACACAUCGUGAACAAUUCUUAUCUGUUCAACAUGCUCUUUGCCAUCUUCAAACCGUUCCUGACCGAAAAGCUACGUAAGCGGCUGUUCUUCCACCAAAAGGAUUGGAACUCACUGAUGUCACAUGUUGAUGCCAAAUGCUUGCGUCCCAAGUACGGAGGAGCUCUAGAAUGUCUGGAAACGGAUGGAAAGCUUCUCGGCGAAAUGUUUGAGCUAUACCACAAAGAAUAUGAACUUGCCAACUCUUUCGGUUAUCUCCGGAAGCAGAAUUAAUGUACCAUAGAUAAUGUCUGUCUUAACGAGCUAGUAUUUAAGCUUAAAAACGGGGAAAAAAAGAUUGUGAUAUCAAGCAUUGAAUGACAAUCUAGUUCUUGAUGUAGAUGAACUCGUGACAAACGAGCCUACUUGUAGCCGGGAUUUACAUGGGAUAUGUUUUGGGAUUGUGUGUAUACUUAUUUUCGGUUUAGUAUACUGUAAGAAUGUGGCGUACCAAGCCAUUUAACCAUAGUGCAAUAUCUAAGUCAAUGGCUUAACUCAAAUAAAAAGAAUAGUACCUAUCUUUUGGAAGAGAA